CUAAGUGAUCGUCAUCUACAUCGACUGCAUACGCACAAAUCACAAAGUCAAAUACUUCGACAUGCACCUGGAGUUCAUCGACGGCAACACUGCCAUCUCAGCCACCACCCGAAAGCGCAUCCGUAGCCAUGUGGCUCGAGGCAAGAACGCGGGGAGACGCCUCGCACGGCCAUCCCGGCUGAACAAAGCCCAUAUCCAUCCUCCAACUUACUUCCGUAUCCCUGCCCUCCUUCAGAGUCAGAAUACCAAGGAACGUCAAGAGGCUAUCUGCGACAUCGAAAGACCCAUCACGAGCGGUCUAAUCUUCCCUGUGGAGAUGGAGCCACAAACUCGGGCCAUUGCACACAAGGCGUUUGACUUCAUUCGCGAUCUACGCGGUGCUCCUGGGUUAUUUAACAUCGUUGAGGAACCAAGCGCUCCUUUGAUUUGGGUCCAAUACAUGUUCCUCGACGCCGCAUAUUUCCAUUCAGUCAUCGCCACGUGUCUGUGGAUUAUACCGGGACUCAUAUCUGAGCAGCAAAGAGUCAUCGAGGCAUCGCGCCAUUUAUUGCGCACUCUACACCUAAUCAACGGCCGGCUGGCAGGCGCAAACUCCACCUCGGAUGACACCGUAGCGGCCGUCGUUGGCAUGGUGCACUACGAGCGACACCAGGGGCAGUUUGAACGAGCUCUCAUUCACACCCGAGGGCUGAAACAGAUGGUCGACCUACGUGGCGGGGUUCUAGAGUUGGGAUGUGAGCUGGCAAGGAAGAUAUUUCUGUGUGAUAUCGAGUGUUCGUUCCAGCUGGGCUGUGAACCUUUGUUCUCUAUUGAGGAGGUUGAUGCUGUGACUUCAUCAACGGUCCACAGUGAGCUGAGAUGCAUAGCAGCGACGUUUUGCGCUGGCCUUGAACAUCUAGAUCCGUGUCUAGCCAUGCUGCUACGACAUGGGAUGAAUAUUGCACUUGUUUACAACACCAUUGGAGCCGGUCAACAACCAAAGAUUACAUACUAUGCUCAUUUCGAUCUCGUUCUAUCCUUCGGCUAUCAGCUUUUACAGUUCAGUCCAUUGCAAGGGCCCCGGCCAGUUAGUCAUCUGGACGAUGUCAUUCACCUUGGCUUGAUAAUCUUUUUCUGCACUUUCAUUCGACGACUGGAUCGUGGCAUCACUGACAACAAUCUACUUGCGAGACUACUUGGAUCUGUGGCUGAGGAAGUGGAGAACGAUCGUGGAACACAGAAAGCACUGCUGUGGGCUCUGCUUGUCAGCACAGCAUCUAUUUUCCAGAGGGAUAUCCCGGAGUGGCUGACGGUGAGGGUUGCAACGCUGAUACAGAGUCUGGGGCUUGCUACCUGGGAGGAUACUCUAUACUUACUUCACCAAUAUCCAUGGGUCAAUGCCCUCCACGAUGAGCCUGCCCGAGGGUUGUGGCAAAAGGUGGUUCCGUCUUGUGAUACAUGGCUAAUGAAGUGAUAAGAGAUGAUCAUAUUAACGACAGAGCUAUGAACAAGAUAGUGCAAUCUGGUGAUUGAGAAUUCACUUUAAGCAAUCAAAAUCCGACACAAGCCAGUCUCCUUCGCAAUGAUGCCCGAUCUAUCAACUACUGCUUUAGCAUAGCUUCCACACAACCCGGCUCAACUGACUCCAACACCUCGGCAAUAACGUCCCACAUUCGUUUCUGCAUUGCUUUCCCUUCUUCGUCAGUCACCCAGUUGGGAACAUCAUUCCUGUAUUCGAGCAUCAGUGCAGUUCUUGGAAAAAAUGUCA